AUGUGUAUCACAAUCACAAAAGAGAAAGAGAAAGAUCAAUUUACAAAACCAAUAACAGUAUUUUACUUUAUAUUGGAUGCAUCACCUCUUCAAAUCCAUCAUUACACCAUCACUCUAAAACUAUUGGAAGUUGUGAACAGAUUGAACUAUUCAUUACCAAUCCAUUCCCCAAUCUCGAAUGGUCAACAAUCCAGUGGAGGAGUAUCUGUCAGUGAAGUGGACCAGAAUGGAGCAACUGCCUAUGCCAAUAUUAGUGGACCAUUCCUAAUUAUCACUGAAGAUUUUGUCAAUUGUAUUGUCUACAAACAUGCCAUUGUACCCAUCUAUGCUGGUCUUCAAAAUGUAUCUCUGUUACCUAUCUCAUCAAUCUCUCUGGGUUUAUGGAGAGGAAUGAUGCCAUGGACACCAAGAAUUGAGUUGUAUGACGCUACAACUGACACUUUGGCGGUGGAUAUUAAUGGUGCAACUCUUGGUAGUGAUGCACAGCCAGAUAGUUUAUCUUGGUUGUAUUCAGAAAUACCAUUCGGAGAAUACUACUUUAAGGCCACUUGGUUCCAAGCGUAUCAGGUAUUCUUUGAGCCAUGGCUGUUCCACGAUUCCUCAACAACAAACGAUUGGGUAAACAUAGGCGAUGUUUUGUAUCAUCACUCUGAACAAAUGGAAGAAGGUCAAGCCUAUAACUUUGCAUACCCAACAAUCUCUGGAACUAGAUUCGAGUUUGAUUCUUAUGACCCAAAAUCUGCACCCAACCCAGGUAUAGUACCAAACCAUGAUAUCUCUAUCAUCAUGUUAUAUUACAUCGAAAUACCAAACCAUGAUAUCUCUAUCAUCAUGCUAUAUUACAUCGAAAGUAAUAAAUAA